CUCGUCUGUCGGACCCACUCCACGGACCACAGGCCUGGAUAUGGCUACCUCUAUACUCGGGGAAGAGCCACGAUUCGGAACGACUCCCUUAGCCAUGCUGGCCGCAACGUGCAACAAAAUUGGCAACACCAGCCCCCUCACCACACUACCUGACUCCAACGCGUUCGCCAAGGGUGGAUUUCAUCCCUGGAAAAGAUCCUCGUCCAGCUGCAAUCUGGGAUCCAGCCUUCCCGGCUUCGCCGUGGCAACGAGCCGGGGGUCCACCGCCGGACUAACCUCCAGCACAGGCUCGGCCAACAGCGCCUUCUGCUUGGCCUCCAGCUCCCCGACCACGUCCGCCUUCAGCUCCGACUACAGCAGCCUCUUCUCCAACUCGGCCGCGGUGUCUUCUCAAGAAGCGGGCCAGUCCGCCUUCAUCUCCAAAGUGCACACGUCCACGGAGACGCUGUACCCGCGGGUGGGAAUGGCGCACCCGUACGAAUCCUGGUACAAAUCCGGCUUCCACUCCGGCAUCUCCACCGACGUGGCCAACGGCGCGUCCUCGUGGUGGGACGUGCACACGAACCCGAGCUCGUGGCUCGAGGUGCAGAACCCGGCGAGCAGCCUGCAGAGCUCGCUGCACUCGGGCACCCCGCAGAGCAUACACUCCCAGCUCAGCGGCUACAACCCUGACUUCUCCACGCUGACGCACUCGGCGUUCAGCUCCACGGGGAUCAGCCCGGCGUCGGCGUCGCACCUCCUGUCCACGGGUCAGCACCUGUUGGCUCAGGAGGGCUUCAAAACCGUCAUCCCCGCCUACACGGACUCCUCGGCCCCGAACGCCAUGAUCUCGGGGGGCACCUCUGCGCUGGGGGGCUCGUCCAGGUCGUCCAGGAGGUACUCGGGCAGGGCCACGUGCGACUGCCCCAACUGCCAGGAGGCCGAGCGGCUGGGGCCCGCGGGAGCGAGCCUGCGCAGGAAGGGUCUCCACAGCUGUCACAUCCCGGGCUGCGGGAAGGUGUACGGCAAAACGUCGCACCUGAAAGCGCACCUGCGGUGGCACACCGGCGAGAGACCGUUCGUGUGCAACUGGCUCUUUUGCGGGAAAAGGUUCACGAGGUCGGACGAGCUGCAGAGACACCUGCGGACGCACACGGGCGAGAAGAGGUUCGCGUGCCCCGUGUGCAACAAGCGCUUCAUGAGGAGCGACCACCUGAGCAAGCACAUCAAAACACACACGGCCGGGGGCGGCAGCAAGAAGGGCAGUGACAGUGACACGGACACGAGCAACCUGGAGACCCCGCGGUCCGAGUCCCCGGAGCUCAUCCUCGAGGGGGUGAACCCCAGCAGAGUGGCCGUCAAAGACCCUUCCCCGCUCAACGACUCAUAA